AUGCACGGCUUGGGAUUGGUUUUCUUGGCCACGAUCGGCAUUGGACGUGGCCUUGUUGAAAGUGCUGCGGUGGAAUCGACUUCGCAAAGUUUGCCCAUCGCUACAGAAACCGAGAAAGCGAUCGAGGAAUCCAUGUUAUGCUGGGCGUGCGAGUUGGUGGUUCAGGAGAUUGAAGAAAUGGUAGCGCCGGAGAUCAAAACCGAGAUUGGCAAGGCGAUCAACAAUGCGUGCAGCAAGCUGUGGUUCGACAUGCUGAAGGCGAAAUGUGUCACCGUGCUCACCGCGCUUGCCGCCGACCUCGCCCAAUACAUCGCUGAUCAUCAGGCGCCAAAGGUGGCGUGCAAGGCCGUAGGACUCUGCAAGGGAGGGCAGUUCUGUCUCCCGAAU